CACAGACACAACGCACCCCAAAUGCUUGGAUGGACGGAGCCACUUAAGGACUUCCCUUCCACCUCUUUUAAGGCAAUUUUAUGAUUGGAUUCCUACCGGCUCCACUCAUUUAACAAGGGCUUUUUACAACGCGCCAACUCUGAGCGGAUAUUGCUUUUGCGCAUCACGGGAGCUGGGACUCAAGGAAUCUUCAGUGAACAUCAGGGAGCAACAAGGAGUACAAGAGCCUCAGAAACCAAGAUCUGUCUGCUGAAAUGCUCCAGAAGCUCAACAAUGCAAUAACGACCUGAAGCCAGAUAACCCAUGUUUGUCCCUCCGAACACACAGACUGAAGAGUUGCAGACACCAGUGUUUUGUGCCUGGCUGGCCCUGUGUGUGUGUGUGUUUACACACUGUACUGAAUUUAAAGCACUGUGGAGUUGAGAACUUGUGUUCAAGAGCAUGGUCCAACUGUCCACCUCAGUCUACCUGCUGGGAGGCCUUUUGGGCUUGUUUCUGCUAUCACCUGUUCUGAUGGCCCCGACACCAGCCAGCAUGUGCACAGCCUUGAAGACACUCAACGGUAGCCUCAGCAACAGGCGGCGGUACAUGAAACACAACUUCCCCAUCAACUACACCAUCAGGGUCCAUUUUGAGGAAGUCUUCAAACUGUCAAACAUUAACAGAAUGAGGUUACAUGUGGAGGGUUUGGAAGAGCUAGUUCUCCAGAGGUUGUGGUUCCAGGUCAACCGAGGCGUGUUAAAAAAGAUCAUCCGGGUUAUGCCAAAGAGACAUCCUUCACGUCAAUACACCACUGAGUUGGAAAGGCGCUUCAGGGAUGCGGAAGGCGUGUUUGUACAGUCACAUCCGGCUGAGGUGUUCCAGCAGGAGCUUCCAGAGUCCAUCCAGGACACUUGGGAUCAUUUAACAGAAGAGCCUAGCAGAGUGCCAGAGUCCAGUUGGAGAUCUGCUCCACCGAAGUCUCUCCUGGACAACCUCUGCCACACUAUGCACUGCCUCUUCAGUGAGUGCUUUGCCAGCACAGAAACGAAGCAGGACUAUUGCGUUUCCCAUUGGAAGAGAGAUUUACGCCCUCGAAGCUGAGAAGGGGGCCAGGAAGCUGCGGUGUUGAUACCAAUAAGGGGUUGGUGUCAGUAUCUCCAUUCAGCGAUAGAGAAAAGAGUGAAAGGACAAUCCAUACGGAAACAACAGAGCUCAGUCCUGAUUUGUGAACACCAAUAACUCCUUCCUAAUUAUACCAAACAGAGCUAAGAUUGUUUUGAUGAUAAUAAGGUAUUAUCAAUGGCUUUAUCACACAAAGAAGACCCUUAUUGUAGGUACAGCAGCAGCAUUUAUGGUGACUUAAUGAGCAUAUGGACUUUCUGCUAAAAUGAAAUUAUGCUUAUUGAGGACCAAUUCUCCAACUUUUAGAUUUUCCAAUUCUGUCACACAUGAAGUUUAAAUAUGUGUCUCUUGAUGGCAGCUCAGAUUGAUUCUUUGAUACUUGAGAGAUUUGUUCAUGUUCACAUAUAUGGACUAAACUGAUCAUCGAUUGGAUGUCACUGUGGCUUUAGAAAAACUCUCCUCAAAAAGCCUUUGAUGUGCUCCGGUGGAACUGAAUGGUUCGGAUCAGAGAUCAACAUGAAGCCGUAAGACAGACAAUGCAUUGUAGUGUCAUAUUGAGAAACUUCCACUGACUUUGUACCAUAUCUGAGUCUUUCACACAUCAGAGAGCUGGAGCCAGAGCAAAUGACAUGAACUGAAUUUCAAACCUACUGGCAAACUGUGCAAACCUUGAAGAGUGACCAUUAGCAUUUUUAAAUGUGUAUCAAUAUCAUAGCUCACUUUGUUCUGACACUACAAUUUGGGCCAAAAUCGAUCUUUUUUGAUAGAAUGACAUGUUCUUAAAAGGGGAAUUUCAUGAAAAACUCUCCUUUUCAUUGCUCAUGCACAUAAAUUUGCAUAUCUGGCCAUUCAGAUUUGAUUUCCCUUCAUAGUCACAUGCAGGUCCAUUAGAAUAUAUAUAUUAUGAUAAAAAUCUGGCAGGUUCAUUUUUCUCACAAGCCACUCAGAGCUUUAUUAGCUUUUUCAGGAAGGGAUCUUAAAGACAGGCGCUAAAAUGAAGCGUUCCAGACAGAAGUUAUUACAGGUACAUUAAGAAAGGCAGUAUGAUAACAAUUAAUAUACUUUUUAAACACUAAAGCAUGUAAACAUGUUCUUGUAGAAACCCAAAAUACAAGUACGAACCUGAAAAUUAGAGAACAUUUGAAAAAUGUCCUCCUUAAAUAGAUACAUAAUCUAAAAAUAACUACAUUGGAGACAUUUGUGUCAUUUAAAUAUUUGAAUUUCAUCAGGCUUGUUAAGGAUAUUUUCAGUUGCUCCUUUCAGAUGUUUAUUUAUGAACAGGCUAGAAAUGAAGGCUGAUAUAGAAUAACCUGAAACCCUAACUUCACAGAUUGAUAGACUCUAGGAUUUUAAUUCAAAACAAAUCAGUAUCUCAUGUCAUUGAUGUUCUGUCUAAGACAACCUCAGGUUGAGUCAGCUUUCCAGUUGUUAGGCUUUCUUGUGGAUUUUUAAUUGGAAUUAAACGUAUUCACUGUUUUUAAGUUUUGAGCAAUGAACACAUACUCGAUAUACUCAACAUAAGGUUUAGGGCUAUACCAAGAGUUUAAAGCUUUGUAGCUUCAUUCAUAAUGAUGCCAUUCAAAUCUUAAAUUGCUGAAUAAUGUGCAGCUGUUAUCUGUUUGCAUGUCUAUUCAUUCUAUUUAACCCUGUAUGUAUGCACAAUUGCUGUCAAAGGUAAGGGUACAGUAUUAUUAUUGUCAUACUACUCCAAAAAUGAUAUGGUAGUGGUGGCUGCGAUGAACUGUUUCCAAUACAUGUGGGCUAAUAUUUUCUAGAGCGUUGUUAAAAAGUCCAAAAGUCCAAAUAUAUUGAAAAGAGAUUGAAUAACUAUAUUUAAAUAUUUUACUUCGAAUCCUUACAUGUUUGUGUUUAACGUUUUACAUAAUAUUAUUCAUUGCGUUUACGAAAAUGUUCUCCAGCUUGCAAAGGGAGGCAAACAUCUGGAUCAAAAGGCUGGUCUUGCAACAGUCUAACAGCACAAUAAAUUACAUUAACUACGCCGCAAUAACUAAAACAAAUGUUGGUGACGGACAUUCAAAGCUUCAGCCAAAAACUAAAAUAAAUUAGAAAUAAAUGUCAUUUGGUAAAGCCCUAAUAGAGAUAAUUCUUUAAUUGAAUAUACACCAACCAAUAAAGAAUAAAACCUAUAAAUGAAGACGUCAUGCUUUGUGCAACAAAAAAAAAGGACACUGUAGGCCUUCUGGGAGUAUAUUAAUCGAUUGAGGCAAGGACGGGCUCAAGAUUAUUUGCUUACUACUUCAGGCAGUGGUGUGACUUUCAUCUUGAUGCUCCUUAUUCACUGCCUACAAAUCCUGACUUGCUGGUGUAGUCAGUUUAUAGUAUAACAAUCCUUAUCUUUAUAUAAAAAAAUAAAACAAAAUAUCAAAGAUCGAAUAGAAAAAUGUAUCUUUUACAGUAAAGUUAUACAUUUUACAUUUAAAAUUAAAUGAACAAAGAUAUAAAGUAAUUAAUAAAUAAAAAAACACUAAACAAUUUAAAAAAGUAAUAUGGUGUUUCACUUAUAAACUUCAGGUAUUUGUCCCAUAGAACUUAGUGACCCCUUAUGACUGCACCAAGUAUCUAUUUAUGAAAGCUAACUAUAAGAAGCUAAGAGUUUCAGUUCAAGCAUUUGCUCCUAAAUUCACAUACCAUAUGAUAUAUGUUCAAGUCUUGCAAUCUUAUUUGUUUCACUCUUCAGGGGGAGAAUGAUGAUGAUAUUCAAUGAUGAUGUAAUAUACAAAGUAAUGUGUUGAGAUUGAGUUUGAAAGGAGCUCUAUUCAGGAGAGCUUUAAUGAUGUAAUAAAUGAAUGAUAAUCAUUGGUGUAUUGUUCUAAAUGCAGCGUAUAUUGGUAUUACACUUAAUCAUAUAUAAAUGUACGGUUAUCUUUUUGUUACCAUAAGAGCAUUGUGUGUAUUCAAAGAUCCCUUAUUGUGAAUAUAAAAUGAUAUUUUCCCAAAACUGACAGGCAACAGCAGACAUAUGAUAACUGCAAACUGGUUGUUGCCUGUGGUCUAUAAAAACAGAUUUUUUUAUACACAAGAUAUUACAUUUAUUUAUUUUUUUGAAAUGUAUAAUGCUAUGUGCGGUACUUCAAUGAAAGAAAUACAAAUUAAAUAGCUAUUUUUUUUCAACUAA